GAAGCUGGGAGAAAGAGAGAGGAAGGAGGUUGCGUCCCGCUUGUCUCACUCAUCCACUUGGCUCUCCUCUCUGGUCGGCGCCCCUGCUUCCUUUCUUCCAGAUUCCGAUCGGAGGGAUCCGGCCAGCCGGGGAUGGGGCAGGACGGGCAGAUCCGCCGCGACAAGAUCAUCAUCGACACGGAUCCCGGCAUCGAUGAUAGCAUGACGAUCCUCAUGGCUUUUGAAGAGCCAAGUGUGGAGAUCAUUGGGCUGACGACCAUAUUUGGCAAUGUCACUACAGAGUAUGCUACACGCAAUGCACUCUUGCUGUGUGAGAGAGCAGGGCAUCCCGAGGUUCCAGUUGCAGAGGGCAGCCCUGAGCCUCUUAAGGGAGGAGAACCACGUGUUGCUGACUUUGUUCAUGGAUCUGAUGGCCUUGGUAAUUUGUUCCUUCCUGCACCUACUACUAAGAAGGUCGAGGAAAGUGCUGCCGAGUUCUUGGUUAAUAAGGUCUCCCAGUUUCCUGGAGAGAUCUCUGUUCUCGCCCUGGGACCCCUGACAAACGUAGCGUUGGCCAUCAAAAAGGACUCUUCCUUUGCAAGCAAGGUCAAGAAAAUAGUUGUACUGGGUGGAGCUUUCUUCGCGGCUGGAAAUGUCAACCCGGCUGCUGAAGCAAAUAUCUAUGGAGAUCCAGAUGCAGCGGACGUAGUUUUUACCUCAGGAGCAGAUAUUGAUGUGGUUGGCAUUAACAUAACAACUCAAGUCUGCUUUAAAGACGAGGAUCUCUUGGAGCUAAGAAACUCAAAAGGGAAGCAUGCACAAUUCUUGUGUGACAUGUGCAAGUUCUACAGAGAUUGGCAUACCAAGUCUGACGGCUUCCAUGGGAUUUUCCUCCACGAUCCUGUGAGCUUCACGGCCUUAGUUCAUCCUGAGUACUUCACAUUUAAGAAGGGUGUUGUGAGAGUUGAGACCCAGGGCAUUUGCACCGGACAUACUUUGAUGGAUCAUGGAUUGAAGAAGUGGAAUUCAGAAAAUCCAUGGUCAGGUUACAAACCGAUUUCAGUCGCAUGGACAGUCGAUCUCCCAAAGGUCCUUGAAUAUGUGAAGAACCUGCUUAUGAAUGCAACGACAAUUUAACAGACGUCCUCUGAGAACAAGAGAUCUGUUCUGACUGUUUGAGCUGAAGUGUCAUGGUUCAGAUCAACUCUCAUGGUUAAAAUAAUCUCUUAUGUUUUUAGAAGCAAAGCAUAGGAAGGAAAAGAAGCUUCCUACUGAACAAACAUUGGGGGUAAAUUCUGCAUAUGACAGACCACAUUGUAACAUAUUGCUUUCAAACAUUUAUACCAAGUACAUUUCAAAUUUGGAAAGAACUUCCCUGCA